AUGGAGGUGGCUUCGGAGCAGUUAGGUGAAGACGUAACACCAGAAAAGCGCAAAAUUCCGGAGAAGAAGAACUCGUCAGAAGAUGCUAAAAGAGCUGCUCAAACAACCGCUGCAAACCCUGGCGGUUCCGUUUCUGUUAGAAAGAGAGUGGAAUCUCGAAACGUUUCGGGUUCUGGUCUGGCUGCGACGAAGAGAUCGAGUUCAAUUGUCGGUUCUGCAAGUUCAGUUUCUGCAUCCAGACGAAGCAGUACCGGAGGAUUGCUCCAGAGGCCGUCAAUCUCCGGCGGAGGAAGGAAAACCGGUGCUGACUCUGCUGCCGGCACUAAGAGCAGCGCUUCUUUGGCCACCGAACCUGCGCGGAGGUCUCUCCCGGAGCUCCGGCGUAGUUCGAUAACUUCUGGGCGUGCCGGAGCUCCCGGGAGGCCGGCUGUGGCCUCGCCGGUGGGGCCGGGUUUGAGGACGCCGAGUGCUAAUAAGGUAGAGGUUGCGAAGAAGCCGUUAAGUAAGCCGGCAUUGUCGGCUGCUUCUUCUUCUUCUUCGUUGAGGAAGGUUGGUUCUCCGUCUGUGGAUAGUAGCGGCGGCAGUGGCGGUUCUGCUAGGAAGACGGUUUCAAAGAUUUCGUCGGCACGGUCGCCGUCUAUCUCCAGCGGGCUGAGAGCGGGGUCUUUGUCGUCGUCACAGGAUCGGAGUUCUGCUCUGUCUGGAAGGAGGAAAGGGGCGACUCCUGAUAGCCGGGAUUCAAGGUUUAUUGUUCUUCCUCAGGUUGAGAUUAAGGCCAAUGAUGAUUUGAGAUUGGAUCUUAGGGGACACAGAGUUCGCAGUCUCAAUGCCAGUGGAUUAAAUUUAUCCUCAAACUUAGAGUUUGUUUAUCUCCGAGACAAUCUUUUAUCUACACUGGAAGGAGUUGAGAUAUUGACGAGAGUGAAGGUUCUUGAUUUGAGUUUUAAUGAUUUUAAGGGGCCAGGAUUUGAGCCUCUUCAGAAUUGCAAAGUACUGCAGCAACUCUAUCUUGCUGGAAAUCAAAUCACAUCGUUGGCAAGUCUCCCGCAGCUUCCUAAUUUGGAGUUCCUCUCAGUAGCUCAAAAUAAGUUGAAAUCUCUCACGAUGGCAAGUCAACCUCGACUCCAGGUCUUAGCUGCCAGCAAAAACAGAAUUUCUACUCUUAAGGGUUUCCCAUAUUUACCAGUUCUGGAGCAUUUGCGAGUGGAGGAGAAUCCUAUACUUAAGAUGCCUCAUUCGGAAGCAGCCUCAAUAUUGCUAGUUGGGCCUACUUUAAAAAAAUAUAACGAUAGAGAUCUUUCACGUGAGGAAAUGGCAUUAGCAAAGCGUUAUCCUGCCCAUACGGCUUUGUGCAUAAGAGAUGGUUGGGAGUUUAGUCGCCCUGAGCACGCUGUAGAGUCAACUUUCCACUUUCUAGUAGAGAAAUGGAAGGACCAUAUUCCUCCUGGGUUUUUCCUUGAAGAAGCCUCCAUAGAUAAACCUUUGGAAGAAGAUGUGUGUUGCUGUCACUUCACAAUUACUCGUGAUGGUGCAGUGAGUACAGACCCUCCGUUAGUCUUGAAAUAUCAAUGGUUUUGUGGUGAUGUAACAUUUUCAAAUUUUGUUCCAAUUCCAGAUGCUACCGGUGAGAUUUACUGGCCAAAGCAUGAUGACAUUGGAAAAAUUCUGAAAGUGGAAUGUACUCCCACUCUGGGAGAAACAGACUAUCCUUCAAUAUUUGCCAUCUCUUCUCCUGUUUCACCAGGGAGUGGAAUUCCGAAGGUUGUAAAUCUUGAAGUGCAUGGGGAACUGGUAGAGGGAAGUAUCAUCAGGGGUUGUGCUAAGGUUGCAUGGUGCGGUGGGACUCCAGGAAAAGGUGUUGCUAGCUGGCUGCGGAGAAAGUGGAACAGUAGUCCUGUGGUCAUUGUGGGGGCUGAGGAUGAGGAGUAUCGUCUAACCAUUGAUGAUGUUGAUUCAAGUUUAGUUUUUAUGUACACACCAGUCACAGAAGAAGGUGCCAAAGGAGAACCUCAAUAUAAAUAUACAGACUUUGUAAGAGCUGCUCCUCCGUCAGUCAGUAAUGUUAGAAUAGUUGGAGAUGCUGUCGAAGGAGGUACCAUAAAAGGAGUUGGUGAUUAUUUUGGUGGACGGGAGGGUCCCAGCAGGUUUGAAUGGUUAAGGGAGAACAGGGAUGAUGGACUCUUUCUGUUAGUAUCAGCUGGUACAUCUGAGUAUUCCUUGACCAAAGAGGAUGUUGGUUGUUCUUUGGUUUUUGUUUACAUACCUAUUAAUUUUGAAGGUCAGGAAGGAAAAUCUUUGUCAGUAAUGUCUCCUGUUGUUAAACAAGCGCCCCCAAAAGUAACAAAUGUCAAAAUAAUUGGUGAUCUACGGGAGAAUAGCAAGGUCACUGCGACUGGUACUGUUACUGGAGGAACUGAAGCAUCUAGCAGAGUUCAGUGGUAUAAAACAUUGUUGUCAACUUUGGAUGAAAACAGUCUUGAAGCAUUAAGUACUUCCAAAAUUGCUAAAGCAUUCCGCAUACCUCUUGGAGCUGUUGGCUUUUAUGUUGUUGCAAAAUUUACGCCAAUGACUCCCGAUGGUGAUUCGGGUGAACCAGCAUUUGUAAUAUCUGAUAGAGCAGUUGAGACUCUUCCCCCAAGCUUGAAUUUCUUAUCUAUCAUUGGAGAUUACAGUGAAGGAGGAAUAUUGACAGCUUCGUAUGGAUAUGUUGGAGGUCAUGAAGGAAAAAGUAUAUACAAUUGGUAUAUUCAUGAGGUUGAAGGUGAUUUUGGUUCUUUGAUACCAGGGGUUUCAGGACUUCUGCAAUAUCGUAUCACCAAAGAAGCCAUUGGAAAAUUUGUCUCAUUCCAGUGUACUCCAGUACGUGAUGAUGGUGUUGUAGGUGACCUAAGAAUUUGCAUGGGCCAGGAAAGCGUUCGCCCUGGAAGCCCGAGAUUGCUUUCUUUACACAUGGUUGGAAAUGCUGUUGAAGGAACAACAUUAAGAAUUGAAAAAAAGUACUGGGGUGGUGAAGAGGGAGAUUCAGUUUUCCGCUGGCUUAGGACCAGUUUUGAUGGCACAAAAAGUGAGAUUAUGGGUGCUACCACUACAUCGUAUGUGCCCUCAAUGGAUGACAUUGGAUUCUUUAUUUCUGUAUCAUGCGAGCCUGUCCGAAGUGAUUGGGCUCGUGGACCCAUGGUUAUUUCUGAACAAAUUGGACCUAUAAUUCCUGGUCCCCCAACUUGUCACUCUCUAGAAAUUCCUGGAUCAUUGAUAGAAGGGCAGCACUUGAACUUUAAUGCUGUGUAUAGUGGAGGGGAGAAAGGAGAUUGUACCCACGAGUGGUUUAGGGUAAAAGACAAUAGUGUACGAGAGAAAAUAAGUAGUCAUGCAGAUUUUUUGGAUUUGACUCUUGAUGAUGUUGGUGCGUGCAUUGAAAUAAUCUAUACUCCUGUGCGCAAUGACGGAAUCAAAGGCAGCCCCAAGAGCAUAGUAUCUGAUCCGGUUUCUCCUGCGGAUCCUAAGGGAAUGGACCUUGUAAUCCCUGACUGCUGCGAAGACAGAGAGGUUACCCCACUGAGAAAAUAUUUUGGUGGGCAUGAAGGAGUUGGAGAAUAUAUUUGGUAUCAGACAAAGAAUAAGCUUGAAGGAUCUGCACUACUAGAUAUAUCUAAUGCUUCUGAUGUUGUGAUAUGUGGGACAGAGCCAAUGUAUAAACCAUCACUUGAAGACGUUGGAGCUUAUUUGGCUUUGUAUUGGAUGCCUACUCGUGCUGACAGCAAAUGUGGAGAGCCAUUGAUUGCAAUUUGCAGUACCCCAGUUUCCCCAGCUCCUCCAAUAGUAUCUAAUGUAUGCGUGAAAGAGUUGUCUUCGGGAAUUUAUUCCGGAGAAGGUGAAUACUUUGGUGGAUAUGAAGGAGAAAGCCUCUUUAGCUGGUAUAGAGAAAAUAAUGAGGGAACCAUUCAACUGAUUAAUGGGGCAAAUUCUAAAACCUACCAAGUUACUGAUUCGGAUUACAAUUGUCGAUUGUUGUUUGGAUAUACCCCAGUUCGCUCAGAUUCAGUUGUGGGAGAACCCAGGUUAUCUGACCCAACUGACAUUGUUCUCCCAGAGCUUCCAUAUGUGGAGAUGCUUGCUCUAACAGGAAAAGCAGUUGAAGGCGACAUACUUACAGCUGUUGAAGUGAUUCCAAAUAGUGAGACUCAACAUGAUGUUUGGAGCAAGUACAAGAAAGAUAUAAGAUACCAAUGGUUUUGUUCAUCAGAAGAGGGAGACAAUUUUUCAUGUGAUCCAUUGCCCAAUCAGAGUUCUUGCUCCUAUAGGGUGCGGUUAGAGGACAUUGGUCAUCGUUUGAAAUGUGAGUGUGUUGUAACUGAUGUGUUUGGAAGGUCAAGUGAGGCGGUAUGCAUUGAGACGACACCUGUAUUGCCAGGGAUUCCUAGAAUACACAAGCUAGAAAUCGAGGGAAGGGGAUUUCAUACCAAUCUCUAUGCUGUUCGUGGUAUUUAUAGUGGUGGUAAAGAAGGUAAAAGUAGAGUCCAGUGGCUUAGAUCAAUGGUUGGAAGUCCUGACCUGAUCUCUAUACCAGGAGAAACAAGCAGAAUGUAUGAAGCAAAUGUUGAUGAUGUUGGCUAUAGGUUGGUGGCCAUCUAUACUCCGGUAAGAGAGGAUGGAGUAGAGGGCCAAUCAAUUUCUGUAUCGACAGAACCAAUUGCAGUUGAGCCUGAUGUUCUUAAAGAAGUGAAGCAGAACCUUGAUCUUGGUUCAGUCAAGUUUGAGGUAUUGUGCGACAAGGACCUAACCUCAAAAAAGAUUUCUUCAGUGGGCACAUAUGAGAGACGAAUCCUUGAAGUUAACAGGAAAAGGAUCAAGGUGGUAAAGCCUGCUACAAAGACUUCUUUUCCAACUACAGAAAUUCGUGGUAGUUAUGCCCCUCCAUUUCAUGUGGAGGUUUUCAGGAAUGAUCAACACCGUCUAAAGAUUGUAGUGGAUAGUGAGAAUGAAGCAGACUUAAUGGUGCACUCCCGACACAUUCGGGAUGUUAUUGUUCUUGUGAUUCGAGGACUUGCUCAGCGAUUCAACAGUACUUCGCUCAAUUCCCUUCUCAAGAUAGAGGCAUAAAUUAUUUCUUUUAUACUCAUAUUUGAUCUGUGAAACCCGGUUGUUGAGACCAGUUAUCUCACGUUUUGCUUGUCCUGAGUGCCAUUAUUGUUAUGGUGAGAGAACAGUUAUUAAUGCCAUAAUCAUUGCAGGUCAUUGUUUACACACACACUUUCUCUCUGUGCGCGCGCGAGCGCGUUUUAACGCAAGAGAAUAACCAUUUAAGGAUUUCGCAUUAAGAAAUUCAUGUAUAUUUUGGACGUCUUAGAAUGGUAUUAAAAUUUACAAU